AUGUGUAGAGGCGGCGCUCUCUCCUCUCAGAGAAAAAGGAGUUCACAUUCUGACUUAUCUGGACGACUGGGCUUUGAUAGCAAGCUCCAGAGAGCAGGCAGCAACGCACCUGCCUUUGGUACCAUCUCACAUUCAGUCUCUGAAUCUGGGGGCAGACCUGGUCUGGGGAGGCACUCUUCAGCAGUGGAUCUGUUUGCCAGCAAAGAGAACACCCACUGCCCACUCUUCUUUUCCAUGAAGGACUUGAACGCCCCUCUGGGGACGGAUCCUCAGGCUCACCCAUGGCCUCCUCUGCCACUGUAUGCGUCUCCCCCAGUGAAAAUGAUAUUACCGGUGCCAGUAGGGGUGGGCACACAGAUGACUCGAGGGAUCUCAGGAGGUGAGAGGAAAAGAACAAGCAUUGGGAUGGAGUUGAUCAUUGAUCCUGCAGUCCUGUUUUUGGAUGAACCCACCACAGGCCUGGAUGCUAGCACGGCUAACUCUGUGCUGCUGCUGCUGAAAAGAAUGGCUAGUCAUGGAAGAACAAUAAUCAUGUCCAUCCACCAACCUCGCUACUCCAUCUACAGGCUGUUUGACACUCUGACCCUAUUGGUCAGUGGGAAAAUGGUUUAUCACGGUCCAGCUCCAAAUGCUUUGGAUUACUUUGCCAACAUAGGCUAUUCCUGUGAGCCCCACAACAACCCAGCUGACUUUUUCCUGGAUGUUAUCAAUGGAGACUUCACUGCUACAACCUCAACCAAAGGCCACAGCUCUGACGAGUUGGACUUUGAGAUGUGGAGCUCAGCCAGGAGGAACAUCAAGGAGCAUCUUGUGGAGGAGUAUCGGAGCAGCAGCUACUGCAGCGACACUCGAGCUGAGCUGAAGCGCAUCUCCCAGAAUAAGGAGUGUAGUUCCCAAACCAAGUCUCGCACCAUCACCUACAACAGUUCGUUUGCUCAGCAGCUGCGGUGGGUUCUUCAGAGAACCUUCAAGAACCUCAUGUUGAACCCCCAAACAUCUGUGGCUCAGCUGACCGUCAACAUCUUCCUGGCUCUCAUCGUUGGAGCCAUUUUCUUUGGAGUCAAGGAUGACCAGAGUGGCAUCCAGAAUAGGAUGGGAGCUCUGUUCUUCAUCACUACCAACCAGUGCUUCAGCACCGUGUCUGCAGCCGAGCUCUUCAUCUCUGAGAGGAAGCUGUUUGUGCACGAGUACAUCAGUGGGUACUACCGGGUGUCGGUUUACUUCCUGUCUAAGAUCCUGUCCGACAUCACCAUGCGCACUGUCACCUCGCUAAUCUUCAGCCUCAUUGUCUAUUUUAUGAUUGGUCUGAAGUCAACAGUGGCAGCUUUUCUCAUCUUCACGCUGACGGUGACUUUAGUGGCCUACACGGCCACCGCUAUGACCAUGGCCAUCUCUGCUGACCAGAGCGUGGUGGCGCUCGCCAACAUCCUCAUGACCAUCACCUUUGUCUUCAUGAUGAUAUUUUCUGGCCUGUUGGUGAACCUGCCCAGCAUCAUGGAUUGGCUCGCUUGGCUGAAGUACUUCAGCAUUCCCCGUUACGGUCUUGCAGCCUUGAAGAUUAACGAGUUUGUUGGGUUAAAGUUUUGUGACGAGAGCAUAAUCCAGUUUGCUAAUUCGUCAGCAGGAAUAAUCAACUGCACCGUGAGGACAGCCGGUCAGACAUGUACAGGAGAGCAAUACCUGGACUACCUGGGAAUAGAGUCCAGCUCCUGGGGUCUGUGGGAGAAUCACGUGGCUUUGACUGUGAUGAUGGUCAUCUUCCUCAUCAUUGCCUAUUUGAAGCUCAGAUUCAUCCAGAAGUUCUCCUAAAGUGUGGUUCCUUUCAUGUUCCAGAGCAAGUUUAGAUUUUGUUGUUACAUAGUUUGAUCUGUUGUGUUGUUAAUCUCUGAUUUAAAGAAAAAAAGACUGAGAGCAGCAUAGUUUGAAUAUUUAUCCAAUGGCUGCUUCACAAUUUUUUUUUU